AUGGAACACUUGUUCUUCUCCUGUGAAAACGCAGCAGAGGUAUGGAAAAUGGCUCCAGUCAGAUGGGAUGGAUUACAAGACAAGCAACAUAAUCUAUGGCUUUGGUGGGAGCAAGUUACUCAAGCACUAUCGUUGGAACAAGGACAGGAUAGAGUUAACCUUACCAUCAACAUCCUGUGGCAAAUCUGGAAAGCCAGAAAUAAAAAAGUUUUUGAAGAUGCAAACCAGGAACCUUUCAAAAUUUUACGGAAAGCACAAGCUGAGUGGUUAGAAUUUGAGCAAGAGAGGGAGCCAGAACAGGAGGGGAUUAUAAUCCAGACAAGUUCCGAACUCAAUUCAAAAAGGGAGAUGCCAAGGGAGAGAGUGAUAAGGUUGUACACGGAUGCAGCUGGAAAGGGAAUAGCAAGUAAAGAAGAAGCACUUGCCAUAAGGAAUGCAUUACUGAUGGCUAAACAAGCUGGAUGGGCAAAAAUUAUAGUCUAUUCAGACUGCAAAUCAGUAGUUAAGCAAACUAACAAAUGCAGUGAAAAUGAUUCAAACAUUGCAACUAUUCUAGAAGAUGUACAGGAUCUUAGAACAGGAUUUGACAGAUGCUCUUUUGUGUUUGUUCCUAGAACAGAAAAUGAAAUCAGCCAUGUAUUAGCAUAG